AAAUUGAACGCCUGCCUGCAUCUGUAAUGGCCUCAGCAGCAGUCAGCAAGGGAGGGCCUCGAUCCGUUUAUAAAUUUGUGCUCGACAGCACUGCUCUGCACUGCUCGUCUACCUAUAGCCACCAGCUUCCACAUUGCAUUUCCGAUCCAAGGACGGCACCACACGAGAGCAUGGACAGCAAGGUCUGCUGCGUCUUUCAGCUGGCGCUGCUGCUGGGUGUUGCGCUCGCACUCGCACUCGCCGGCCCUAUCAUCGCCGGCGGCAGCGUGGAGGUUGGGCUAGCCAGCAAGACCGCCGGCGCGGGGGCCUAUGUGGCGCGGCAGAUGACGAUGGCGCAAGCGACGACGACGACGGCAAAGACGUUGAUGGGGUUGGAGGUGCACCGCCGCGUCCUUAGCAGCGUCAGCUCCUCCUCGCUCAAUCCUGAUAGGGCAGCCUGCCUCGGGUCGUGCCCAGCCGCCGGCGGGUCGUACACCGGCCGCGGCUGCCAGAAGGCGUACCAGUGCGGUAGCUGAACCCCCAUGGGCAAUCCGGCGGCAUGUCCAGGGCAUCCGAAUUUAUUUUGUCUUCUACUAGUAUCUUAAUUAAUUACCAUCAUACUGUAAGAGCCAACACAUAAUUGUAUCAGUUCAGCUGCAUAUGGCCUUCCAGGGGCCAUGAAUGGUAUCGCCAUGGAUUCACUCGAUUGAUCACACACAUCUCGUCCGUUCUCGUGUCGUGCGGUUGAAUUGAAUGAAUAAAAAAGACCUUUUUUUUA